AGGAAAGACGACACUUUUACACAUGUUGAAGAAUGAUCGUUUGGCAACUUUACAACCUACUUUACAUCCUACAUCAGAAGAAUUGGCAAUCGGAUCUGUCAAAUUUACAACCUAUGAUUUAGGUGGUCACGCACAAGCACGUAGAUUGUGGAAAGAUUACUUCCCUGAAGUUGACGGAAUCAUCUUUAUGGUUGAUUCACAAGAUCAUGAACGUUUCUCAGAAUCUCGCGAAGAAUUAGACCGUCUUUUGAGCAUUGAAGAAUUGAGCAAAGUUCCUUUCUUGAUCUUGGGUAACAAGAUUGACGCUCCCCGUGCUGUUAGUGAAGAAGAUUUGCGUGGAGCUAUUGGUCUCUACCAAACAACCGGAAAAGGAAAGGUGCCAUUGAAAGACAUUCGACCAAUCGAAAUCUUCAUGUGCUCCGUCGUCAUGCGUCAAGGAUACGGUGAAGGUUUCCGUUGGCUAUCUCAAUACAUUUAAAUUGUUUGGAUCGACUUCUUGGCGUUGAGGUCAACAUGUAGCAAAGGUG